AUGGCACCGCCUCCGGCCUCGCUCCUGGCGCCGAGACCCGGCGAGACUGUGCCUGGUUACAAGAAGCCGAGGGCCGUGCGGUUCGCGGACGUGGCCGUGUACUUCUCCCCGGAAGAGUGGGCGUGUCUGCGGCCCGCACAGAGAGCCUUGUACCGGGACGUGAUGCGGGAGACGUACGGCCACCUGGGCGUGCUCGGAUUCCCGGGCCCCAAACCAGCCCUCAUCUCUUGGAUGGAACAGGAGAGUGAGGCUUGGAGCCCCGCCGCCCAGGAUCCUGAGGAGAGGGAAAACCUGGGAGGAGCUCCAAGAGGAGCUGCCCCAAACAAGAAGAAGGAAGGGUCAGAAGCUGAGGGGUCCAGAGAAACUCCUGGGAAAGAGCUACCUGCAAAGCUGAUAAAGGACAACUCUGACUCAACUACCAACAGAGCCUUGGUGAGGGCACAGCUGCCCCUUAAAGCUGCCUGGGACCAGACCACCAGUGUGCAGACCUCGGCCCCAGCGCCCAGUGUGGACGCUCAGGCCAGCCAGCGGCGCCACGUGUGCGCAGACUGUGGCCGCCGCUUCACAUACCCCUCGCUGCUGGUCAGCCACCGGCGCAUGCAUUCGGGUGAGCGGCCCUUCCCCUGCCCCGAGUGCGGCAUGCGCUUCAAGAGGAAGUUCGCGGUGGAAGCGCAUCAGUGGAUCCAUCGCUCUUGCUCCGGGGGGCGGCGGGGCAGGAGGCCUGGGAUCCGGGCUGUGCCUCGGGCCCCGGUCCGAGGGGACCGCGACCCACCUGUGCUCUUCCGGCACUACCCAGACAUCUUUGAAGAGUGUGGGUGA